CCAAACAUCUGAAUGUACCACGUUCGUCUGUACAAACAGUAGUACGCAAGUAUAAACACCAUAGGACCACGCAGCUGUCAUACCGCUGCGAUCAUAGAUCACACUUUUUUGAGAAUUGUUCUCUGGUUUGAUGAAACAAAAAUAGAACUGUUUUUACCAUAAUGACCAUCGUUAUGUUUGGAGGAAAAAGGGGGAGGCUUGCAAGCCGAAGAAUACCAUCCCAACCGCGAAGCACGGGAGUGGCAGCAUCAUGUUGUGGGAGUGAUGUUUUGCAGGAGGGACUAAUUACUCAGUUAUGUAUAGAGCCAUGUCAUCAUGGAAUGAUCUGCCACCAGAGGUCACUCAAUUAUGGAUAGAGCUCCACUAUACAGCUGAAGUCAUGGACCUCUACCUCUCAGCUGAAGUCAUGGAGCUCUGCCUCUCAGCUGAAGUCAUGGAGCUCUACCACUGGGAGACAGGACAUUCCCCUUCAUGAUGCUAUUGACCUACAGGAUAGUGUAUUUGAAUAGAAUAAAUUUCACCCCCCCAACCUUAGAAAGUGGAUGAUCACUGAUGAUGUCCCUACUGCACUAAAGUGUCACCCUGUUAUCCUGUCUUUAAAGCAGCGCAGUGGAAUUUCAUCCUGCUAUCCUCUCUUUAAAGCAGCGCAGUGAAAUGUCAUAAUUUUAUCCUGUCUUUAAAGCAGCGCAGUGAAAUGUCAUCCUGCUAUCCUGUCUUUAAAUCAGCGCAGUGAAAUGUCAUCCUGCUAUCCUGUCUUUAUAGCAGCGCAGUGAAAUGUCAUCCUGCUAUCCUGUCUUUAAAGCAGCGCAGUGGAAUGUCUUCCUGCUAUCCUGUGUUUAAAGCAGCACAGUGAUGAUACGUUAUUUCAAUAGAGGCAAUAAUAUCCACAGUGGCCUGUAGAGACCGUCCCAUUACACCUGUCUCUGAUUGGAUAACUCUAGUCCACCAUGCCCUGCAGCUGUCUUUGUGAGUAUAAAACUGUAGGAGUGUAGGAGUCUGCUCAGGUCUCAGGUCAGGGAGUGAAACCCCUUCAGAGUGUGAUGCAGCUGCUGUGGGUGGUAGUGGUGGGGUUGUUUGGAGUCUUUGGGGCAGAGGGAACGGAGGCUGUCUGUCGGAUGCUGGGGAGCCCAGAGUUCCCUCUGCUGUCCAAGGAAGGAGACGUGACUAUAGGAGGAGCCUUCUCCAUCCACAGCAAAACCACACAGCCCCCGCUCUCCUUCACAGAAACACCACCCCCUCUCACCUGCUCCAGUGUAAACCUCAGAGAGUUCCGAUUUGCUCAGACCAUGAUCUUCGCCAUCGAGGAGAUCAACAACAGUGACACUCUGCUUCCGAAUGUCUCUAUUGGAUAUCAUAUUUAUGACAACUGCGGCUCGACUCUGUACUCUAUGCGUGCGGCCAUGGCCCUGAUGAACGGUCAGGAGAGGACGGUGGGAAAGGCCUGCUUUGGCCAAACAGCAGUUCACGCCAUCAUCGGAGAGUCAGAGUCCUCUUCCACUAUAGUGAUGUCACGCACCACCGGUCCGUUCCAAAUACCUGUGAUCAGCCACUCUGCCACAUGUGAGUGCCUUAGCAGCAGGAAGGAGUACCCUUCUUUCUUCCGAACCAUCGCCAGUGACCUCUAUCAGAGCAGAGCGCUGGCCCAGCUGGUCAAGUACUUCGGCUGGAGCUGGGUGGGAGCGGUCAACAGUGAUAGUGACUAUGGCAACAACGGCAUGGCUAUCUUCCUGGCUUCAGCCCAGGAGGAGGGUGUCUGUGUGGAAUACUCAGAGAAGUUCAGCCGGACGGAGCCAGAGAAGCUGUUAAAGGUUGUUAAUGUGAUCCGAGGUGGGACGGCCAGGGUGAUCGUAGGCUUUCUGGCCCAUGUGGAGAUGAACAACCUGCUGGAGGAGCUCAGUCUGCAGAACAUCACCGGCCUACAGUUUAUUGGUGUGGAGGCCUGGAUCACUGCAGACAGCCUGGUCACCCCUACUAGCUACAGUGUGCUGGGGGGUUCACUGGGGUUCGCUGUCCAGAAGGCCAACAUCAGCGGCUUCUCUGACUUUGUGAUUAAGCAGUUCUGGGACACGGCAUUUCAAUGCACAGAGACAAGCCACCAGGAGAAUGUGAGUAGUCCUUGUAGUGAGAAUCAGGAUCUGAUAGAGCUGAGAGAGUAUAAUGCAGAUGUGGAUGAGCUCAGAUACUCUAGUAAUAUCUAUAAAGCCAUAUAUGCAGUGGCCCACUCGCUGCACAGCUUGCUAAAGUGCCAAGACGGACUCGGAUGUGAUCAAAAUGUGAGAACUGAACCUUGGCAGGUAGUGGAGUCUUUGAAGCAGGUGAAUUUCACCAUAAAGACAGGGGACCAGGUGUGGUUUGACAGUACAGGUGCUGCAGCAGCCAGGUACGAGGUGGUGAACUGGCAGCGUGGGCCAGACGGAGGGGUCCAGUUUAAACCAGUGGGCUACUAUGAUGCCUCCCUACCCCCGGGACAACAGUUCGUCCUCAGGACAGAGGACAUCAUGUGGCCUGGGGAGCUGCAACAGAUGCCUGUGUCAGUGUGCAGUGAGAGCUGUCCCCCAGGCACUCGUAAGGCUGUACAGAAAGGAAAGCCCGUAUGCUGUUAUGACUGUGUCCCAUGUUCAGAGGGAGAGAUCAGCAACGCUACAGAUUCUAAUGGCUGCAUAGACUGCCCUGAUGAGUACUGGUCCAAUCUUGGCAGAGACAAAUGUAUAUUUAAGGCUAUUGAGUUCCUGACCUUUACUGAGGUCAUGGGGAUUGUACUUAUGCUUUUCUCCUUGUUUGGAGUGUUUCUAACUGUGCUUGUGGCUAUUCUCUACUUGAUAAAGAAAGACACUCCCAUUGUCAGGGCCAACAACUCUGAGCUGAGCUUCCUGCUGCUCUUCUCCUUGACUCUGUGUUUUCUGUGUUCUCUUACUUUCAUUGGCCGGCCCUCUGAGUGGUCCUGUAUGCUGCGUCACACAGCGUUUGGAAUCACCUUCGUCCUUUGCAUCUCUUGUGUUCUGGGGAAAACAAUAGUGGUGUUGAUGGCCUUCAGGGCUACACUUCCAGCCAGUAAUGCCAUGAAAUGGUUUGGUCCUCCACAGCAGAGACUCAGUGUUCUGGCUUUCACUCUCAUACAGGUCCUGAUCUGUGCUCUUUGGUUAACAGUCGCCCCUCCUUUCCCCUACAAGAAUAUGAAAACCUACAAGGAAAAGAUCAUUCUAGAGUGUAAUGUGGGAUCAGCUAUUGGUUUCUGGGUUGUGUUGGGCUAUAUAGGACUCCUGUCUCUCUUGUGCUUUGUGCUGGCUUUUCUGGCUCGGCAGCUGCCUGAUAACUUCAAUGAGGCCAAAUUCAUCACCUUCAGCAUGCUCAUAUUCUGUGCAGUCUGGAUCACCUUUAUCCCAGCUUAUGUCAGCUCUCCUGGGAAGUUCACUGUAGCUGUGGAGAUCUUUGCUAUUCUGGCCUCUAGUUAUGGAAUGCUCUUCUGUAUAUUUGCACCUAAAUGUUAUAUAAUCCUGUUUAAACCUGAGCUAAAUACCAAGAAACAUAUGAUGGGGAAAAUGAAAUGAAAUGAAAACUUACACUAAAAUCUUUCCAUGUGCUGCUCUGCUGGAACACAUAAAACAUGUAAUUGGAAAUGUGUUCACUGCUAGUGAAAGACACACAAGCAAAUGACAUGUCCUUAUUCUGGCAAAUACUCUAUGGAUCUUUCCACGAAAUGAGUCCAUUUUGGCUAGUGUAACAUGGUGGGAAAAAAGAAGGUUGAUUUCACCUGAUUUUAAUAUUCUGUCAUGAAGAGGACAUGUUCAACUGAAUAAAAAACAUGUUUUCCCAUCUCAA